GCCAUGGAAACCCAUUCCAUGAAGCUCUCUAUGCACUGUUGUUGGGCUCAUCUGAAGGCCACACCAAGUUUGGAGGUCUUUAGCUAUUGACUCUGUAGACAGUUGAAGCCGUCUGCAUGCCUAGGGGCUUGAUUGUAUACACCUGUGUCCAUGGAGGGGAUUGGAACACCUGAAUCACAUGAUAUGGAGGGGAUUGGAACACCUGAAUCACAUGAUAUGGAGGGGAUUGGAACACCUGAAUCACAUGAUUUGGAGGGGAUUGGAACACCUGAAUCACAUGAUUGGGAGGGGAUUGGAGCACCUGAAUCACAUGAUUUGAAG